AUGAGUGACGAGGAAGAAGAAUUUGAAGCCGAGGCCGAAGACAUUGUAGAAUACGACCAAGCCGAUGCUGAGGAAGAAGAUGAUGGUAUGGAAGAGGAAGAUGCCGAAGGAGAAGAUGAGGAAGAGUCGGAGAAUGAUCAAGACGACUCGGAUGGCGGGGAAUCAGACGACGGGUCUGAGGAAGAGUCGGGUGAUGACGCUAUGGAUGAAGACGAAACGCAAGGCGUCAAUCCUCCUCUGACCAAGUCACCGACGCAACUCAAGUCGGCCAUGCCAAAGUCUCGCGAUUCGUCGACUCAACCACAAGAACGUUCCAUGUCGCCUGCAUCCAUUCGUCGCGAGAGUCUGCGAAUACCACCGCCUCAAUCGAGGUCUUAUUCCAUUGAACCCAUCUGCGCUAUACCUCAUCCAAGUCCGACAAACGCACUUACUGCGUCGCUUUGCAUGACACAUUUAUUGACGGGCUCAGAUGACGGAUUUAUUCGAAGUUACGACGUCUAUUCUUCUGUUAAUGGUCGUACAUUUCUUACGGCUCCUCAACGGUCGCAUUGUGGAUUGGGAGAUACUGUGAUGCGAGGGGGUAUCCUCAGAUGCUGGUGGCCAGGGACGACAGAGGAUCGAUACAAUGCUGGAGAAACCUCUCCUGUAUACAGCUUGGCGUGCCAUUCUGACGCAUUGUGGGCCUUGUCAGGCAGCGCGAGCGGGGAAAUCUAUCUCUAUACCGUACGGCAUGAGCCAGGAAAAGUUCAUCAUAUAUUCCCCUUCCACGAAGCUGCUGUGUCUGCGCUGGCCCUUUCCUCGGACGAAAGAUUUGUAUUCAGUGGAAGCCACGACGGUCAGGCGCUACAACUAGAUUUGGAUCAUGGGGCAAUGACUCGUCGGUUUGGUCAUCCAGGGGCCCAAAUUACUGCACUCGGGUUGAGGCCUUAUUAUCCUUUUACUCUACCAGAGUCUAAUAUUGUCGUUGCGUCGCCAGUCCCGAUGGAAGAGGAGAAGCCGGUCGUCUCAGAACCAGCGGGGGAAAGCGCACCAGUUGAAGAUGUGUCUCGAGAAGAGCCCCAGGGUAUGACGCCAACCGAGACAGACAACAAGUCGGAAGCGUUGGAUCCCUUGUUUGACGAUAUGGAAGGCAAUACGGCGUCGGUGCAACCGUCACCAAAGAGCAGCCAAGCAACCUCCGGUAACGCACUUGGACUUGCCAUGCCGACGAGGUCAAGAACUGGGUCUACAGCUUGGGUUGCUCCUCAAGCCUCUCCUGCUAUAAAGCAUGGCGUAGGGCUUCUCGACCCUGUGAAAUACAACGACUUUUCAAACGACUUAUUGAUGACUGCCACAUUUGGUGGAAGUAUCUUUUUGUGGGAUCGACGGACACCACAAAAUGUAGGCAGGAUGGAAAAUGACCGAGCUCCGCCAUGGUGCAUCUCGGCUUGUUGGUCUGCGACAGGAAACGAAAUCAUUGCAGGGAGGCGUAACGCUACUGUCGAUGUCUUUGACGUACGCCAAUUUGGACACUCUGCGGGAAGGACGCCACGGGUAUUGCGCACGCUCGUCAAUCCAGCCGAUUCCAAAACAGUGACAUGCGUGACAGCGUUUCCAGACGGCAAGCAUAUGGUGUGCGCAUCCGAGGACAAUAUAAGACUGUGGAAUGUAUUGGAUGCUCCCUCGGACGGCUGGAAGAAGAAGGGAUUGCCGCCUUUCCGCGUCAUACCAGGCCACCACGGAGGACUCGUGUCGCAGAUAUUGAUUGAUAUACGAUCCCAGUUUAUGGUGACUGCGAGUAGUGCACGGCAAUGGUUUGGCCAAAGUCGCCUUCAUGAAAACCCGUUUGCUUCGUCAACGCCGAGUGUCGUCGACAAUCCGUUCGACGACCCGACGACUGCGACGUCGGCGUUUCAUCAGCAAGAACCAGGAUCAGCAGCAGCGAGACAGGCAGAACUCGACAGACGAGAGCGGGAACUCGCAGCCCGUGAAGCACAACUAAAUCAACGAGCAGAUCACAUACGAAAGCACGGUCGCAACAACUUUCCGCCCUUCUUCCCGCUCAUAUUCCACUCUAUCAAGGAUGAAAUCCCAGAAACGCAUCAGGAGACAGUGACACGUAUCUUCCAGCUCUGGCUGGUCCUCGAAGUCACGCUCAUCGUCAAUCUCGUGGCAAUGAUUUUUGUAAAGAUUGCAGGUGGAGGAGACUCGGGAGAUUUGGGUGGAGCCAUCACGCAUGUGUCUAGUACACCCUCGUCACGACCAAGCCGGCUCAUCUGCUUUACAGCUAUCUUCCUAUCAUCGGGGUACUAUCCUUCUUACUAUGGUACCGGUGCGCCAGUCUAUAAUGCGUAUAUGAAAGAUCAAUCCUUGUACUUUUAUAUCUACUUCUUCUUCUGUGGCUGGCAUCUCCUAUAUUCCAUCUACAUGGUCAUUGGUAUACCUGGAACUGGGACUGCUGGCAUCAUUACCACGGUGAUCUCCUUCCAAAAGGGCCGUAUUGUCGCGGGCGUCCUCUGUGUCAUUGCAUGCACGGGUUGGACGAUCCAGACUGCGGGCCAUGCCUUUUACUACAAGAAGACAUGGGACUAUCACACGCAAGCCGGUCACACACUAGACAAGGCAAAGGGGGAGCUGGCGGCGAAUGGUGCAAAGAGCUACUUCUCUCGUGGUUAA